AUCUUACAAUUGUAUUUGAAUUAAAGUAUAAGAUGACGUCAGUGCCGCCAGUAAAGACCAAAGCGACGAAUGAGGUACAAAAUUUGAAUGAAAAGUAUGGAGAAAAGUCAGAUAAAAGAUUAACAGUACUUGAAACACAUGGUUAUGCUAUUGGAAACGUAAUUGGCGUGGGUUCUUAUGCGACAGUCAAAGUUGCAAUAUCGGAACGACAUAAUAGUCAGGUAGCGAUAAAAAUAAUUUCGAAGUUUCAAGCACCAAGUGAUUAUUUAAAAAAAUUUUUACCUCGUGAAAUUGAGGUUGUUAAGGGAUUAAAACAUCCAAAUUUAAUUCGCUUUUUACAAGCUAUCGAAACGACACAUCGGGUAUAUAUAAUUAUGGAGUAUGCACAGAAUGGUAGCUUACUUGACAUUAUAAGACGCGAUACUUACAUCGACGAAGGUCGCAGUCGUAGAUGGUUUCGUCAACUUCUUGAUGCCGUUGAUUAUUGUCAUGAAAGGGGUGUAGUUCAUAGGGAUAUAAAAUGUGAGAAUUUAUUAAUGGAUAAUAAUUUGAAUAUUAAAUUAUCUGAUUUUGGUUUUGCACGUGGUCAUAUGAAACCAAAAAAUGGAACAUUACCUCUUAGCGAAACUUUUUGCGGUAGUUACGCAUAUGCAUCACCGGAAAUAUUAAAAGGUAUACCUUAUCGACCACAAUUAUCAGAUAUAUGGUCUAUGGGCGUAGUACUUUUUGCCAUGGUUUAUGGACGACUUCCUUUUGACGAUACAAAAUAUACUCUCCUUUUAAAGCAAGUACAAAACAAGAUUACAUUUCCUAAAGAACCAGAUGUAUCUGAAGCUUGUCAAUCCCUCAUUAGUCGUAUACUUGUAGCACAACGCCAUCGUUUACUUAUUAAUAACAUUAGAAAAGACAUAUGGUUAACUAUGGCCAGUGUAGCUAUGCAAACAUCUGCUAUAAAUGAAAAUGAUUCAUCAAUGGCAAUUGAACGAACAGAGUCUAAAGAAAAUCAUAUAGAACAUAUGAAAACUAAGGACGAUAAAGAUUUACUUAAAAUCCAAGACGCGAAAAAUACCAAGAAUAUUAAUACUAAUACUUCUAAAUAUGAUGUCAAUAUUCAAUUGCAAAAUGCUUUAAUGAAUAAUUGUUAUGAUCAAGGACAAAAUCGAAACUAGUAUUUUGUAUAAUAAAGUUAUUUUUACAUACUGAAAAAA